GAGCGUUUCUGUAGGUGUGUCACAGGCCAGCGUGUCCACGGCAGCUCUGUCUUCCCGGAAGACCCACCCCUGUGAGAUGUGUGGUCCGGUCUUGAGAGACAUUUUCCGCUUGGCUGAGCACCAGGGAAAACCAAGCAGCCAGAAACUGUUGAGGUGUGGGGCAUGCGCAAAACGCUUUUAUUUCAGCGUCAGCUUCCAGCAGCAUCUGGAGCAGCAGCACAUGGGAGAGAAGCCAUUCAGAAGCAGUGUGGACGCGGCCUCUUCUGUGAAGGGAUAUGGGUUCCACGAUCCAGGAAAGCCCCUUACCCGUACUGAGGUUCAGAAGGAAUUCGUGCCUGGCUCGGGGCAUCUACAGCAAGAGGCCACUCAUAGUGGANAGACGCCAGUCACAGUCAGCCAGCGCAGGGCGACUUCACAGAGCAGUAAAGGUCGUUCCGCUUGGGGACCUCGCAGGGCAGCCUUCAGUCCCACACAUACACAUGUUCAGGAUCAGGAUGUCCAACUUGGAAGACUGUGUUUUGUGUGUAGUGAAUGUGGGAAAACGUUCAGGUGCAAAUCUUUAUUUGAUACCCACCAGAGAUUCCAUACUGCAGAAGGACAUCAGGAGUUUGGCGAAGGUGAAAAAUCCCUUAGGCGAAGGUCAACUCACAGUCCAUACAGAAACAGUCACACUGGGUCCAGGCAAGACACUUGCAACAAAUGUGGGAAGUCAUUAAGGCACAAAUCAGGACUCACUCCUCCCCAGAGAUGGCAUAGUGGAGAAAGUGAUUAUGUUUGCAGUGGAUGUGCAAAAUCCUUUAACCAUAGCGAAGUUUUGAUUACACGUUCCGUUCAAACAUUAGAAAGGCCUUAUAAUUGUGGGGACUGUGCAAAAUCUUUUACCUCUAUCUCUGCCCUUAGUUAUCAUCAGAGAUCUCACACAGGGGAAAGGCCUUACGAGUGCAGUGAAUGUGGGAAGUCUUUUAUCUCCAGUACUGGCUUCCGUUCUCACCAGAGUGUUCACACUGGAGAAAAGCCUUAUGAGUGCAGUGAAUGUGGGAAAUCUUUUUUCUCUAGGUCUGACCUCCAUUAUCAUCACAGACUUCACACUGGGGAAAGGCCUUAUGAGUGCAGUGAAUGUGGCAAGUCCUUUCACCGAAGAAAUAACCUCAAUGUGCACAUAAAGGUUCACUCAAGUGAGAGGCCUUAUGAAUGUAAUGAAUGUGGAAAAUCUUUGAAGUGUAAGUCAUCAUUCAUUCAACACCAAAGAAUUCACACAGGUGAAAGGCCUUAUGAGUGCACCGAAUGUGGGAAAUCUUUUACCACUAGUUUUGUCCUGCGUUCUCACCAGAGAGUUCACACCGGAGAAAGGCCUUAUGAGUGCAGUGAGUGUGGGAAAUCUUUUACUGCUAGCUCUGUCCUCCAUAAUCACCAGAGAGUUCACACUGGAGAAAGGCCUUAUGAAUGCAGUGAAUGUGGGAAAACUUUUACCACUAGUUCUGUCCUCCGUUACCACCAGAGAGUUCAUACUGGAGAAAAGCCUUAUGUGUGCAGGGAAUGUGGCAAGUCCUUUCCCCGAAGAACUAACCUGAAUGUACACAUAAAGGUUCACUCAGGUGAAAGGCCUUACAAGUGUAAUGAAUGUGGGAAGUCUUUCAAGUGUAAGUCCAAACUCAUUGAACACCAGAGAGUUCACACAGGGGAAAAGCCAUAUCUGUGUAGUAAAUGUGGGAAGUGUUUUAGUCGUAGCCACGCUCUCCAGUAUCAUCGUCAAAGUCACCUUGGAAUAAGGCCUUUUGAGUGUAAUGAGUGUGGAAAAUCCUUUGCUUGUAGUUCUUCCCUCCGAUCUCACCAGAGAGUUCACACUGGAGCAAGACCUUAUGAGUGCAAUGAAUGUGGGAAAUCUUUUACCGCUAGCUCUGUCCUUCGUGCUCACCAGAGAGUUCACACCGGAGAAAGACCUUAUGAGUGCAUUGAAUGUGGCAAGUCCUUUCUCCGAAGAAAUAGCCUCAAUGUACACAUAAAGGUUCACUCAGGUGAAAGGCCUUAUAAGUGUAAUGAAUGUGGGAAAUCUUUUAAGUGGAAGGCAACAUUCAUUCAACACCAGAGAAUUCACACAGGAGAAAGGCCUUAUGAGUGCAGUGAGUGUGGGAAAUCUUUUAUCAGCCAUCCUGCUCUUAGUUAUCAUCAAAGAGUUCACACUGGAGAAAGGCCUUAGGAGAGCUGUGACUGGGCAGUCUGAGCCAAAAUGCCAGUCUCACU